UCGUUUUGACAGCGCCAUCGCUUUGUUUACUUCCGCUAUCGUGACGUAAGAUGAGCCACAAUGGACGCAGCUGACGCGGUGUUCCCAGGCGCACCGCGCUACCGCGCCGCGGAAAAACAAGAGUGGUUGCAUCUGGAGCUGGUGUGGGAACAUAUUUCCAGAGAGGACCUGGGGUGACUCAUUAAACCUUCCUAUACCCAUGCACCAUGUGUGCUGGCCAGUCCACCUGAACCUGCAAGGACCGGUGGAAGCAUGCCCAGCUCUUUGACCACUUUCCAGACGUUCCCUCUGCCAGCGGUUUCCUUUCCUACAGAUGGUCUCAGUGUCCAUAGCAGAAAGAAGGCCUGGACCUCCAUGCUCAAGAUGAUCCCCCAUCUGUGCAAACUAUUUCCUCUGGUUGUAGUGGGAGCCAUUGUUUUCGCCAUCACUGGGAGCAUUGGGGACCCUUUGGUUGAGUGCCUUCAAGACGCAGACUACAGUGAGCUUGUUGCUAUUGUGGAUAAGGGUCUCACUCCCACAAAGACUCCUCAUCACGUAGCUAUCAUUGGUGCAGGCAUGGCUGGACUGACCGCUGCAAAGUUUUUGCAAGACGCAGGACAUAAAGUGACCAUAUUGGAAGCCAGUAACCGCAUUGGUGGACGUGUGGAGACGUUUAGAAACCGAACAGAGGGGUGGUAUGCAGAGGUUGGUGCUAUGAGGAUCCCCAGCUUUCACAGAAUUCUGCUUUCCUUGGUGGCCAAACUGCCAAUCUCCUUGAACCACUUCAUUCAAGAAGACAUCAAUACCUAUUACCUAGUCAACGGCAUCCUGCAGAAAACCUACGUGGUGGAGCAGCUCCCGGAUAUUCUCAACUACAACCUAUCGGGAGAGGAGAGGGGGAAGUCUGCCUCCCAGCUCUUCAGUCAGGCACUGAGGAAGGUGAGGGAUGAUCUUAAGAAGAUGGGCUGUAGUGCCAUGCUUGACAAGUACGACUCCUACUCUGUUAAGGAGUACCUGGUGAAGGAGGGGAACCUGAGCCGCAGCGCCCUGAGGAUGAUCGGGGACAUCCUGAAUGAAAACAGCCUCUUCUACGCAUCCCUGACGGAGAUGCUGUUUGUUCAGGCCGACAUCAACGACGACGUUGAGUACUAUGAGGUGGCCAAUGGUUUUGACAACCUCCCCAAUACCUUCUACCAGCUGUUGAACGCCACCCUUCACCUCAACGCCAAGGUCAAGCUCAUCGACCAAUCGGCCGGGGGCAGCGUGACGGUGUCGUACCAGGACGGCUCCGCCCUGGCCAGCCUGACCACGGACUACGUGUUGGUGACCGCCACGGCCAAGGCUGCGCUCUUCAUCGACUUCCUGCCCCCGCUCUCCUCCCACAAGAUGGAGGCGCUGCGCUCGGUGCACUACACCAGCUCCACCAAGGUGGUGCUCAGCUUCAGCCGUCGCUUCUGGGAGUCGGAGGGCAUCCGGGGCGGGAAGAGCGUGACCGACCGGCCCUCCCGCUUCAUCUACUACCCCAGCCACGGCUUCCCCGGCACGGCCGCCGGCGCCCUGCUGGCGUCCUACACCUGCUCCGACGACUCCACCUUGUUCCAGGGCGUGGCGGAGGCGGAGGUGAUGGCGCUGGUUCUGGACGACCUGGUGAGGAUCCACGGGGAGGACAUCCGGCCGCUGUGGACCGGGGGCCUGGUGAAGAAGUGGGGCCUGGACCCCUACAGCCUGGGGGCCUUCGCCCUGUACACGCCUUACCAGCAGGUGGACUACGCCGCUGAGCUCUUCCAGAGCGAGGGGCGCGUGCACUUCGCAGGCGAGCACACGGCCGUCCCCCACGGCUGGAUCGAGACCGCCAUGAAGUCUGCCCUCAGGGCCGCGCACAACAUCAACCAACAAACUCUUUAGCCACCGGGCUAACGGCUACAACAUUUAGGAUUCAGAACCUGAACUCUUUUCAGCAAAGUGCCUUCAUGUUUUAAUGUAUUUUAUAAAAGUCUUAAUUAGAUCAUCAUAAUCAAAAGACUCAGUAACGCUGAUGUGACGCCUGUCCCCAUUAAAUAUUAAUUGUUCAUUUAAUUGAGUUACUCAGAAGUUAAUAAUUCUGUUUCACGUGGAGCAUUUCAAUGUAUUUAUGGUAAAGAGGAGAACCUAAAUGUCUACUCAGCCCCUGUGAGGGGAGAUAGAGGUAUGGGCGGUACAACAGUGGAGCAGUUUGGUAAUGUGGUGUAUAUUGUAACAUGGCUGACAGGAGAAAAAACCCUGGGUGGUAAUCAGUGUUAAUGUUUAAUAAAGGCCUUAAUACAUAGGGAAUACAAGGGGACACUUUGACAGUUGUAGAUUUUAAGGUAAAAUGUCAGCAGAAUGUACAACAUAAAGAAACAUUAAACAAUGCACAGUGUGGGGGACUCUUCUUUCCAUCGGGAGAUAUGAUCCACAUCAUCUUCUCCGAGGUUCCAGGCAUAUUGAGUGCAUGUCCAGCUUUCCAUCCCAUUACAGGCUCCUAGACACCCUUUUCU